UUCUACGGGUAAGAUUUGUUUUUAAAGUACACAUACAGUCCAUAUAAUAAUCGGAUGCAUGUUAAAGAGACGAGAGGCAUCGUCAUGUCGACCACUGGUCCCAUAAACAAUUAUUAUGUGGAUUCUUUGAUAAACCAUGAGAGCGAGGAUGUGCUGACAUCGCGGUUCUCAGCCCCAGAGCUUCUCCCCACCGGUUCUCGACCGACGACACUAGCACCAGAGUGCUCCGAAUACCCCUCCUGCAGUUUUGCGCCGAAACCUCCUGUCUUUACCUCCUCCUGGGGCCCAGUUCACCCCCAGUCUUCAGUGGUAUACCACCCAUACACCCACCAACCUCACAUUGGAACGGACUCGAGGUAUGUUCGCUCAUGGCUAGAGCCCAUAUCUGGAACAAUAUCCUUCCCAGGCUAUCCUGCGAACGGCAGACACUACGGACUCAAAACAGAUGGUUUUCCUCAGCCCGGUGCCGGAGACUCCAUCGCCUUUAACCGCCACGGAUACCCGGAUUAUUUCUACAACACCUCGGUGGACAUCCGAGACAAGACACAGCAGAUCAUCCCUUCUCCAGAGACAGAGGUUUUGGCUUCUGGAAAGCACAAAGACGGCAAGCCAGAAUUUGACCCAAGCAACCCGGUGGCGAAUUGGAUACACGCUCGUUCAACAAGGAAGAAACGGUGUCCAUAUACAAAAUAUCAGACUCUCGAACUUGAAAAGGAGUUUUUGUUCAAUAUGUACCUUACCAGGGACCGUCGUUAUGAGGUCGCUUUGGUUCUUAAUUUGACGGAGAGACAGGUCAAAAUUUGGUUCCAGAAUCGGCGGAUGAAGAUGAAGAAAAUGAAUAAAGAGAAGACAGAAACAAAUGAGCAGUAACGUGUCCUAUGGACACAUUGACAAGUACACAUUCAGAAAAAUGCCACUCAUGAACUGUGGGCGAUGGUCUCUCCUCUUGAUAGAUACUAUUUUCCUUUUUUAUCUGAUAUAAUUAAGCCAUAGGCCUAUUAUUGGCAAGGUAGCACAGCGCAAUUUAGGCCCACGUCUCAAUAUGAAUGUAUGCAGCUUGUUUAGACUAUUUAUUCGUUAUUAGGCCUACUGUUUCAUGUCAAGACCCACAAAUGGGAUUUUGGUAAAGAAAGGUAGCCUGUAAGGGGAAGUUGGAUAACUAUGCGUGAAUGGUGUUUCAUCUGUUCACGUGUAUAACAAAACCUGUGUAUUUUUGUACAUGUUGCAUCUUAUUCAAGUGUAAAUGAGUGUUUUGUACAAGAAAAUGCAACAAGGUACAUGGAACGUUUGUCUGUGUUUUCGUCUGUGAAUAUAUAUUUAGUUGUAGCCUGUAUGUCUUUAAAUCUUUUUUUUCUCUCGACACUUGAACUUUAUACUGUAUACUGUAGAUUUUGGUCAUCUUUAAAUAUAACCCAAAUAGUCUAAUUUUCUGUAUUUGUUAUGUCAUUCUUAUUAAAACGUUUAAAAAACUCUUACCUUGAUCAGAAAUAUUAACAUAUGCAAAAAUGACAUUGGGAGAUGGCAGUGUUCAAGACGCAGUAAAUUCUUGUUAUGAGAUUAGUAAUUCAACAAUUCAAAUAGGCCACAUACUACAGUUAGAUAUACGGGCCACUUCUUAUUGAAAGCAGCUGUGACUUUUAACUCAUUAUUCUUCAUUUUCUAUUUCCUUUCAUAAUGCACGUUUCCUGACCACUUCCCGCCUCCACUUUUUCUUCCUGCAAUCUGAAUGGUUCUGGGAGAAAAAUUAGGUGACAUUUGAGGCACUGUGUAAACUCAUUGCUCAGAAAACAUCACGUUGCUUCCUUCAUACGUGUUAUCCUUUCAUAACCAUUUCAGAUUAUUGCAACCAUUUCAACGAAUAGCUUUUAGGUUGACAUUCUGGCAUUGAAAUGUUUUCUGUAGUACAAACGUCCGUAUCAGUCUCAACCUGGCUAUAU